AUGGCACCGUCAUUAUCAAAUUACUACCACCACGCCCUCCUCCCCCGCCAAUUCGGCCGGCCUGGCGAUGACAACGACAACGACGACGAUGACAACAUCUCGCGCUCCGCAAUAAUGGGCAUCGUAGUCGGCGUCGCCAUCCUCAUCACCAUCGUCUCGCUCGUGAUCUGGAUCCGCGUGCUUCGACGAGGGCGGGCCCGGCGCGCACGAAACCAAUCUUCGGUACCGCUGAACAUACGCGGCGGCGGCGGCGGCGGCGGGCCCGGCGGCUCAUUGUCGUCUUCGUCGUCCCCUACGCACGCGGGAUCGAACCUCAUCCCCUCCCCGUAUCCGUAUUCCUCCAAGCCAGGCGGCGGCGGCGGCUACGAGAGCACGCCGGACCAGAAUCAGAGUCUGCUCGCCAACGCCGCCGCGCCGGGGAGUGUCGCGUGGAGCCAUCAAAGCGGGCAGGCGGCGGCCGGUGGAUUGGGUGUGGGGAGCACGCAGGACGGGUUCGGCUUCACGACCGCAAAUAUCACCCGUCCCGCCAGUGUCGUCAACUUCGACGUCCCGCCCCCGAGGUAUGAGGAGGCCGCGGGCCUGGUGGCGCCGCCGCAUCGACCGGCUGGUGGAGGUGGGACGACGGGUUAA